UUGAUUGUGACCCUCAUCGUCGUCGUCGUCGUCGGCGGCGCAGAUGGGGGAGCAGCGAUAUCAGGACCAUGUCCAUUACGUAAUACGGCGUAUCCGGGGUCUCGCCGUGCAUGCACACCACAACGCCCUCGCAGGUUGGCUCUGGCAUGGAACGUGAGACGGGCGACGGAUAUCUGCGCAGAGUCGCAGCGUUUAUCAGAGCCAACGACAAGGGACUGGCCGAGGCUGGCUAUGCUCGUCGACGUCGCCCCCAGCGAAGACACAGUGCAGGCUACUUGUCUCUCAAUCCAGUCGGAUGGUUCUCUGGCGGCGGAGGCGGCUCUCCAUCACCAACCAGGCCCGUCGUGUUCACCGUAGACACCCACCAUCUGUUCUACAUCCUGAUGCGCCUCGAAGCAAUCGGCCUCGAUGUCGGCUCGCUGGAUGUCACCGUGGACAACCCCUCCAAACCAAUGCACUACACUCACAUCGACAUCCGGCCCGCCUCAGACAAGUCUGACACGCUCUCACUGACGUCAUUGCGAUCUACUCUCACCACAGUCUCAGGUCUGUCCCUCGGCGCGAGUUGGUGGACAAAGGCCGAGCCACACACUAUUGACUCGGAGCUCACGUACAUAUACAGCAGCUUCACAAAGCUACCCGCACUGUCCAUCAGAGCUCCCGGCCCAAAGGUCAUCCAGGAGGUCGCCGAUGACCCCCCCUGCCACAACGCCGUCCCACUCGAUGUGUUCAAGAACCUUCAGACCCUUGAGUGCACCGACGUCGAUCCACGGACACUGCUCGGCUGGGACAGACUCGCAGAUGGCCUGUGCAGUUUGACAAUCAAGCGCAGCGGGGUGGAGGACGUGUCAGACAUCUUCAUCGGUGCCGUCCUGGACGAUCAGGCGCACAGAGACGGUACGUCAAAGGACGACAGAAGGAGACAGAUACCACGCAGACAACGCUCCUUCCCGAGUACCCCACUACCUGCAUCCGUGCCCGAAGAAGGUUCACCUGUCACAGAGUACUCCCUACUACCCUCACCGGGGUCUGCUUUGAACUCGUACAAAUGGAGUCUAUUGAGAUACCUUUCGCUUGCAGACAACGCCCUGACGUUCUUACCAACCGAACCACUACCUUACCUCGUCUCUCUUACUCAUCUGGAUCUGUCAUCUAAUCUCCUCGUCUCUGUUCCCCACGGACUCUCCGUUUUGCACAACCUCGUCUCCCUCAAUCUCGCCGACAACAUGAUCGAUUCCGUACUCGGCAUUUACACCAAACUCGGUCAAGUGUUACAUAUGAACCUGUCAAGGAAUCGCCUCGAGGUUGACCUCCGCUUUAACCAAAUUGACGAGAGUGCGGAAAUAGGCAGGCUUGCAACGUUACCCAACAUUGCCGAGGUGUGGAUCGAAGGCAAUCCCCUGACAGAGAUCGAGGACAACUAUCGCGUCGCGUGUUUUAACCUGUUCCACACGGAGGGAAAGACAGUGGGAGCAUCGUUGCCGUUGAUGAUUCCCCUUGGAGGCACAUCCAAGGACACAACCGUUCCAGAUGCACUUGAUGUUGGGUCGCCCUCAAGGACAGCAUCGUCUGUUCCGAGUGGAGGAGGAGGCAGGCAGAGGAAGCGCAGGGCAGUGAAACGUGUAGUUGACUUGGAUAGCCAGCCGUUACCCAACGAGGCUCGGUCGGCCACAUUACCUCGCAUCCCUAGUCCGCUCUCGCAUCGGCCCUCAUUGUCCGACUUUGAACUUCCAGACAUGAUGCAGGACCAGAUAAGAGAAGGACAAGUUUAUCGUGCGCGCAUUGAAGCGCUGCGGUCAGAUAUGGGAGAGGGGUGGCUGAAAGUGUUUAGCCAGAGUCAUGUCUCGUCGCCUGCUGCCAGUUGAUUCGGUGUACCACUACGAGAUCUCAUGCUACAUUUAGUACUUACAUAUUAUACCCCAGCCAUGCGGGUUUUGCAUUGUACGGUAUGUACGGUAAUUAAAGAUUGUGUGGCAGGCUGGAGUGGUCGGGGUCCGUGACUGGUGGUGUUUGCCUUUUGGGCGUGGAGCCGUGGACCGCCUGUCUCUGCGC